AAAUCAACCAAUUAAAUCUUAAAUGAAAAACUUUAAAAAUUUUCCCAUAUGCAAAUUCAAAAAUGCCCCAAAGCCUUUUGUUGUUGUUUUGGUGGGAUUGACAUUUACGUUGACAUUUCGACAUUGCUGUGAAAAUGUCAAAGUAACAUUGCCCCAAAAACCACGUACAAACUCCGUCAAAAUCAUGCCGAAAGUGUGCCGAUUGUGUCUCGUGCGUUUGCAACGGGGCUCCAAAUAUUUCAACGUGAACGCAGUCGAAUCCUAUUCGGGCUUCAUGCCGUACAGAGACCAACUAACCACCUGCAUACCGGAGAUGGCCCUUGAUUUGAUCCCCAACCCAGUGAUAUGUAACAUGUGCCGGCAGGCCUUGAGACUGGCCUACGACUUCAAAACAAAAUGCCUCGAAGUGGAGGAGAAGAUCAGGAAACACGUCGAGUCGCAACCGAGCGGCGAGGAGUACAAUCUCAGCGCCCUGGCCAACUUGGACCACGGCAAACGUUACAACCACCUAAAACAGCCACCCCAACCACAACCCGAGCUGGAAAUCCAACACAAAAAGCUCACGGACGACGUGAUACAGGAAGUGGUGCUGGUCAAAAACGAAUCAAUCCCGACUAAACUCGAGUCACCACAUCACAAAAGUCCAAUUGGCAGCUAUGAACCGGAGGACACCAAGACCGAGCACAAACGUCUGUACUGCUGCAUGGCCAACGGCUGCAACGAGCAGUUCGUCAACCCCACACUGAUGGCGGCCCACCGGGCCGAACAGCACGGCCACUUCGGCGAGGACUACGUGUGCAACUUCUGCGGCGGCACGUUCCGCUCCCUGCAGCUGCUCAGGAGGCACAACACCAAGUGCUGCAAAGAUUCCAGGCCGGAGGAGGUGAAGGCCAUACUGACGAAGCGGCCGCACCUGCCGACGAAGGCGAAGAACCACCUGAAGAAGUGGCUGUUCAAGCACACGGACCAUCCGUAUCCGACUGACCAGGAGAAACAGCAACUGAUGAUUCAAACCAAUUUGACUUUAUUGCAGGUGGAGAAUUGGUUUAUAAACGCACGGAGGCGGAUACUGCAGGACCUGACGCGUUUGAAGGCGCGACGCUCGACGUUGGUGCAGUCGAAGCACGCGGAGUUUCUGGCCAUGCACACCGACGUCGAUUUGGAGGAGGAGAUGCCGAUUUUCGCCGACGAUGCCAACGGGCUUGACGUUAGAGUUGUCGAGGUGAAAGAGGAGUCUGACACUAAUGGUUGAAGUUAUUUUAAUUGUUGAUUGUAUUGUAAAUAUUAAUUUUAAGGUGUAACCGUUCGCUUUACUAUGUAAAUAUAUAUAAUUUAAUGUCUGUUUUUUUAUAUUCGGUUAAAAGAAGAGGAAUAAGAACAAAGUGGUUGGUGAAAAGAGGAUUGUCAACAGUAAUUGUUAUAUUUGUGUUAAUAGAUUAGAUCUAAUGCAUUUAAAUUAUUUAAAUUCUUUACUACUAUUUGUUAGACUUAUUUUAUAUGUUUAGUUUUUAUACAGUAGUUUGAAUAAAUAUGUUAAAUGUUAA